UCUUUCCUCCGAUCCGCUCCGUUGCUGCUCCCCCAACCGAAGCCGACCUCGCCGGCGAGAACCGAAGCCGCCGCGCCGCCGGCCACGCGGCCUCCUCUUCCUCUGCGCGAGCCCGCGGAGCCUCCUCUCCGACGGAUUCCACCCGGCAAUGACGGUGGUGGAGGCCGAGGCCGGCAGGGAGGCGAUCCGGCGCGCCCUGCGGUCUCUGCGGCGGAGGCAUCUCGUCGAGGAGGGCGCCCACCGCCCCGCCAUCGAGGCGCUCGCCCGGCCCUUCGCCGCCCAAGCGGUGGAGUGGAAAGAGAAGGCUGAGAAGCAUGAAUUGGAGCUGCAGCAAUGCUAUAAAGCUCAGUCCCGUCUGUCCGAGCAACUCGUCGCCGAGAUAGAAGAGGGAAAAGCAUCAAUAGCACUACUUAAAGAGAAAGAAACAUUGAUUACUACUUUGCAGAAUGAACUCGAGCGAACUAGCGAAGAAAAUAUACAGCUGAAGCAAUCACUUGAAGAAAAAACAUGUGCUUUAGAUCUUCUAAUUCAGGAGCACCAGACAGUUAAAGCUGAACUUGAACAGGCUUUAACAAAGCAGAAAGUGGCAGAAGAUGAAAACAGGAAUCUGAUUGAUCGAUGGAUGCUUGAGAAGAUGAAGGAUGCAGAUAGGCUUAAUGAGGCAAAUGCAAUGUAUGAGGAUAUGGUCCUAAAGCUGAAGUCUGCUGGGGUUGGUGGUAUACAACACAAUGCACUACAGGAAGCUGAUGGCAUCAUUCGUCGUUCUGAAACUGGGUACUUGGACAUGGAAACACCUAUCCCAUCUACAUGCAGAAUCACUAUCCGUGCUCAUGAUGGUGGUUGUGGAUCUAUAAUUUUCCAGCAUAACACAGACAAACUAAUCAGUGGUGGCCAGGAUCAAACUGUCAAGAUUUGGUCUGCACACACCGGUGCUUUAAACUCCACUCUACAAGGCUGUUUGGGGUCUGUCAAUGAUCUUGCUGUGACUAAUGACAACAAGUUUGUGAUUGCUGCCUGUAGCUCUAACAAAUUGUUUGUAUGGGAAGUUAAUGGGGGGCGCCCUCGUCACACUCUGACUGGUCACACAAAAAAUGUUUUAUCUGUUGAUGCAAGCUGGGUGAAGAGCUGUGUUCUUGCUAGUUCAUCUGCCGAUCAUACUAUCAAGAUUUGGGAUCUUCAGACAGGCUUCUGCAAAAGCACCAUAAUGUCGGGGAGCACCGCCAACUCACUAGCUUUCAUUGAUGGUGAUAUCCUUUGCUCGGGUCAUAGGGAUGGACACCUUCGGUUAUGGGACAUUCGUAGUGGAAAAUGCACUAGCCAAACAUUUGCUCAUCUUGAUGUCAGCUCUGUUUGUGUGUCACGGAGCAAAAAUUUCAUUCUUACAAGUGGAAAGGAUAACGUGCACAACCUUUUCGAUCUUAAAACAAUGGAGGUUUGUGGAAAAUUCAAUGCCAUGGGUAACAGAGUGGUUGGCAGCUGGGGCAGGCCUUGCAUAAGCCCUGAUGAAAACUCCAUAGCUGCUGGCGCUAAUGAUGGGUGUGUAUACAUAUGGUCAAGAUUGAAAAAGGAUAGGGUGCCAACCAUCCUACAGGGCCAUUCUUCAUCAGUAAUUUCAAGUGCAUGGUGUGGGCUAGGACCUCUUGCUACCGCUGACAAGAAUCAUAUUUAUAUCUGGACUUGAGACCUUUGGUACAAUUGUUCAUCAAAUCCAGGAUUUUGAGAGUUUUGCUCCAAUGUAUUGAUGUGUGUCUCGCUUUCUUCCAAAAAUGCUAGUUUACAUGUAAAUACCUUAGUUUCUAAGCAUUCUUAAUAACUAAAUCCGUAAAAUUGACAGUAAAGUUCACUGGCUUACUUUCCUCUGACAUCUGUUAAUUAUUGGUCAAUGCUCUGCUGGCCUUUUAAGGCAGCAGUUUUUAGCA